GACUCCGGGGUCAGAGGCUCAGUGGGCGUGGCCUUAAAAUGCCUCCUAAAAAGCCUCCUUUCCUUGUCAUUGAGUUGCUGAGAGACGUUGAACACAACAUGUUGCUGAGGAGCUGCUGCACCGCCUGGGUUCUGCUUUCAGGCCUCGCUGCUGCUGCAGUGUUUGUCAAAAGGCACGAGGCUAACACUGUGCUGCAGAGAUGGCGGCGCGCAAACAGCGGCUUCCUGGAGGAAAUGCAACAAGGAAACCUGGAGAGGGAAUGUAUCGAGGAGAUAUGCGACUACGAAGAAGCUCGAGAAGUUUUCGAAGACACAGAUCAGACGAAUCAAUUCUGGGCGACAUAUAAUCGCCAUGGCCCGUGCUCCACCAACCCAUGUCGUAACAACGGGACAUGCGUCAGCACCGAGACGUCCUACCACUGUGUCUGUCCUGAAGGUUUUGUGGGACUACACUGUGAGAACUGGGUAGAACUUUCACUCAAGUGUCUUUACCACAACGGACAAUGUCAGCAUUUCUGUGACGGAUCAGGAGAAACUCAGAGAUGUUUCUGUGCUGACGGAUACAAACUAGGAGCAGACGGACGAAAGUGUAUCGCUGAGGUCGAGUUUCCGUGUGGACAGCUGGCUCCACAGGAAAUACCUGUGAACCAGAGUGUUGUGGGUCAGACCAGGCUGGUGGGAGCUAACCACUGCCCCAAAGGAGAGUGUCCUUGGCAGGUUCUGGUUCAGUUACAUGGACACAGUCACUGUGGAGGUGUCCUCAUCAAUCCAGACUGGGUCAUCACUGCAGCCCACUGUCUCCGUGGCAACAAACCCGAAGACUUCACUGUGGUGGCAGGGGAACACAACUUGGAUGUGGAAGAGAGCACAGAACAGAGGAUACUUGUUUCCAUGGCGAUUGCCCAUGAAGGCUACGUCCCAGAGACGGGUGACAGCGAUCUUGCUUUGCUGAAGCUAAAUCGAUCCGUCACCUUGAACCGGCAUGCCAUCCCCGUCUGCCUGCCAACCAAACACUUUGCCACGCAGGAGCUCUUGUAGGUCCGCUACCACACCGUGUCCGGCUGGGGCAAGAGGACCAUCGGGGGCAAUGAGGAGCAUGGUGCCGUGCACGCUGCCCCGUUAUCCCCCAUCCUCCGCACAUUUUCUGUCCCCAUCAUCCAGAACUCACAGUGCUCCGUGAGAGCCAAGCUCAACCUCACCAACGACAUGCUGUGUGCAGGAUACCUGGAGGGUACCCAGCAGAGUUGCCGCGGAGAUGACGGGAGCCCACUGGUCACAGUCUACGGCUCCACCCACUUCCUGACGGGCGUGGUGGCCUGGGGGCGGGGCUGUUUUCACCCAGGGUAUUAUGGGGUCUACACCAACGUGGCCAACUUUGUGGAGUGGGUGGAGGGCACCAUGACAAGAGCCAAUGAGAAGCCAGCAGAGAAAGCCGCAGUGACGACUUUUGACAUGUUAGAACAGAAAGUGGUUUGAUUCAAGAUCCUCAUUAUGAAACUUCAUCAACAUCCUGAUGCUCCAAUCACUUCACUCUGUUUGAUCUGUUUUGUUGUUUGUUGUAUGAUGUGAAUAAAUCUGAGACUGAAGAUCA